AUGGGCGGAAGCAAGGGCAAAGCGCCCCAGCGUCGGCUUCGACCCGGGAGACCAGCCUCAGCCGAGCGGGAAUCCGAGUCUGCCAGCGCUGACGGAGCCCCAAGCCGGGACUGCAGGCCUGCCCGCGUCAAAGCCCGCAAGACCAGGCCCACUACCGAGCUUGAGGCCACCAGAGGCAAGGGGACCGCUGGAGGCCACACGAAGCCCACCGAAGACGGGAACCACCGCUGCAGGAGUGCGGGGACUGAGACAUCACAGGAGACCCAAGAGAGGCAGGGCAGCUCGCAGCGUCCGAGACACGGGCCCACGGAGAGUCAUGAGCCCAGGGACAGCUGUGGGGAGCGCCCCGAGGAGCAAAGACUCCCCGGAAAAGAAGAGCGGACAGUCAGGCGCGGCCGCCGCAGGAGAGGAAAGGAGCGGGGACCUUCAACUCGGCGGCGGCGAGGCCAUGGAGAGACUCCUGGCAGGGAUGGGGACACGUCAGGAGGGGAUGGUGGCAGCUCGUACCUAGACAGUGAAGCCCGUGAGGUCCAGGACAGCAGCAGCCAGGGUGGUGGAGACCCGGAGCGCCCAAUCAAGAUGGAGCCUUCGGAUACCAGCUCAGAAGGCGCCCAGAUCGUAGGACCCGGAUCAACUCUGGUGCAGGGCAAGUGCCCUGGCAGCCACCAUCCGGACAACGACAGACACAUCUCGGAGCUCCAGAGCAGGGAAGGAUCGUCGGGGACAGGGCCUCAAGAAGCGAGUGAUGGUUUCCGGACAGAUACAGACUCGAGCCCCGGGUGGGCUAGGAAUAGAUGUCGCCCACAGAAGAUCCCAGAAACCUCAAGCCGCAUCCCUGAGUCCCAGCAGACAGAGGUAGGCAGGGAAGAUGCAGCCCACAGCGACCUCGAAAGCGGCUACGUGCGCGUCCCCAGGGCAUCUCAGAGUCCUCAGGACUCUAGAGUGAUCGCAGACACCAGUGACGUCGGGGCGCAGCCAAAGGUUGAGCUGCAGGACACUGAGGCUAAGCCGGCGGAGCCCCCCGGGACUCAGCACCUACAAGUCGGAGAGGUGGCAGGGAAGGUGCAGGUGGUUGCAGGCGAGAGCGAUUCAGGAGCCAGAGAGCGAGCAAGUGCGGGGGACCGAGGACCCCGGGACCCGUCGCCGCUGGCCGCGCUCGUGGUGCUCCGCAGGCUGCGCGCGAGGUCCCCAGCUGGUGCGUCUUCCCUGUUCGCGGGUGGCGUCCGAGUGGCCCUCAAGGCGCGGCUGCAGCGCGUCGCCCGAGCCCUGGGCCUCCUGCGCUGGCUGCGACUGCGAGUGGAGCAACGUCGGGGCGAUGCACGCACGGCAAGCCCGCAAGAGCUUGAGGAGCGCGGCCGGGAGAAGGCGCUGGAGCCGCCGGGUGGGGCGCCCGGGCGGAGGCGGUGGCUGGUUUUAGGCCUGGCCAGUCGUCUGGUGGGGCUCCGGGGACCGCUGCGGGCUCCCUCUGGCGGCAGCCCGAGCCCUCCGCAGGCGCUGAGUAGCUCAAUCUCUGAGGGCGCACCUGCCAUUGAGGAUCCAGCUCCAGAUCCCAAAUUCGCGGUGGUCUUCCCCCAGAUCCAUAGUGCUGGGAAGGAGUCGGGCAGCAGCUGCAGCUCAGGAGCACCUCCCGAAUCCCCCACUGCAGGGAGUGCGGAGGACAGGGAGGAGCAAGGGGCUGGUGGAGAAGGGGUGAUAAGAUCCGGUCAGCCACCCUCCUUUGCCCCAUCUGCCCCCAAUGGGACCCCACCGGAUGAGAACAGGAGUGAAGCAGAACCAGAGACCUUGGAAGCUGAGACUCGGGUGCACUGGGCACAGGGCUCUACGCCCUGUGAAGACCCUGGGCUUGGCGCUGAAACUCUACUGCCUCAACUCACCUUGGAGACUCGCCUGCGGCAGAAUAGCCCCUGCAAGUCCCCAAGGGAGCGGUGGGAGCCAGAGGAUGACGCUGAGGCAGCGCUCGAAAAGGACCUGGAGCUGAGCCUCCCGAGGGACCUAAAGAUGCCAUCUUUCCCCGGUGCUAAGACCAAGGGCGUCCCAGAGGGCCUGGAAGACAUUGAGGACCUCGCCCGGCUGCGGCUGCUGUGUGACAGCUCUGUGCUGCUGUGCCUCAAGAAACGGUUCCACCUGGGCCGCAUCUAUACUUUUGGGGGACCACUCCUGCUUGCUCUGAACCCCCACCAGCCCCUGCCUCUCUUCUCACCAGAAGUCUUGGCCAGCUACCAUCCCAGGAAGGCUUCAAACACCACACCGCACAUCUUUGCCGUUGGGGUAGCAGCCUAUAACCUGUGUCAGAGCUCUGGACAGGACCCCUGCAUCCUCCUGGGGGGCCACAGCGGCUCAGGGAAGACAGAGGCUGCCAAGAAGAUUAUGGAGUUUCUAAGCAGUGUGAGGCAGAAGGAGAUUGACGCCAACGGGGCUCAGCUAGAGGACAUACUGCCCAUACUCAGCAGCUUUGGCCAUGCCAAGACCAUCCACAAUGCCAAUGCCAGCCGCUUCGGCCAGGAGUUUCGUCUCUGCCUGCUGCAGGGGGUCAUUGUAGGAGCCUCCGUGUCCCACUAUCUGCUUGAGACCUCCAGAGUGGUGUUUCAGGUAGGGACCAGCCUCCUGCCCACCCCUCCCCAGUUCUGAAAGUGGGAAAAGAGGAGGAGCCGUAGCCCUCAAGCCCUGCUCCCCGCCAAGCCAGUUUCUCUACCCAAGGCCCAGGCUGAGCGAAACUUCCACGUUUUUUAUGAGCUGCUGGCAGGGUUGGACCCCAUGGAAUGUGAGCAGCUCUCCCUGCAGGGACCUGAGGCCUACCACUACCUCAACCAGGGCCGAGCCUGCAGAGUCCAAGGCAAGGAGGAUGCCCAGGACUUCAAAGGGCUGGUGAAGGCCCUGCGAGUGCUAGGCAUGUGUGCAGAGGAGCUGGCUGCAGUCUGGGCUGUGCUGGCCACCGUCCUGCAUCUGGGCAACAUCUGCUUCUCUUCUUCAGAGCGGGAAUCUCAAGAGGUGGCUGCUGUGUCCAGCUGGGCUGAAAUCCACUUGGCAGCCCGGCUGCUACAGGUGCCACCAGAGUGCCUAGAGAGGGCAGUCACCAAGAGGGUCAUGGACACAUUCUAUGGCCCUGUCUCCAGAUCUCUGCCAGUGGAAGGUGCCAUUGAUGCCAGGGAUGCCCUGGCCAAGACCCUGUACACGAGACUCUUCACCUGGCUUCUGAAGCAGAUCAACGUGCGGCUGGCUCCAUCGGUGGAGGCAGACAGUGUGCGCACCAUCACUGUUGUGGACGUCUAUGGCUUUGAGGCACUGCGGGUGAAUGGCCUGGAGCAGCUGUGCAGCAAUCUGGCCAGCGAGCGCCUGCAGCUCUUCUCCAUCCAGAGGCUGCUAGCCCAGGAGGAGGAGGAAUGCCAGCGGGAGCUGCUGAGCUGGGUGCCUAUCUCCCAGCCUCCCAGGGAGUCUUGCCUGGACCUUCUGGUGGGCCAGCCCCAUAGCCUCCUAAGCAUCCUGGACGCCCAGACACAACUAUCCCAGGCCACGGACCACACUUUCCUGCAGAAGUGCCACUAUCACCACGGUGAUCACCCGAACUACUCCAAGCCUCAGCUGCCCCUGCCCGUCUUCACGGUGCGGCACUAUGCGGGGACUGUCACCUACCAGGUGCACCAGUUCAUAAACAGAAACAGGGAGCACCUGGGCUCUGCCAUGGUGGAGAUGCUGGGGCAGAGCCAGCUGCAGCUCAUGAGCAGCCUGUUCCAGGAAGCGGAGUCCCAGGCUGGGACUGAGCAAAGCCAGCCCACCCUGGCCUCUCGAUUCCAGCGGUCCCUGGGGGAGCUGCUGGCUCGGCUAGGCAGGAGCCAUGUCUAUGUGAUCUACUGUCUCAACCCCACUCCCGGAAAGCUCCCAGGCCUCUUUGAUGCGGGACAUGUGGCAGAGCAGCUGCACCAGGCUGACAUCCUGGAGGUCAUAGGCACCCGAAGUACCCACUUCCCUGUGCGAGUGCCCUUCCGAGUCUUCCUGGCAAGGUUCCGGGCCCUGGGGUCAGGGAGACAGCAAGCUGUCCCUGACCAGGAGAGGUGUGGUGCCAUCCUUGGCCAAGUGCUGGGGGCAGAGUCACCCCUCUAUCAUCUUGGAACCACCCAGGUCCUGAUGCAGGAACAAGGCUGGCAGCAGCUGGAACAGCUGUGGGCUCAGCGGCGUUCACAGGCCCUGCUCACUCUACACCGUGGCCUCCGAGCCUGUAUCACUCGCCAACGCCUCCGUUUCCUGCCCCGGAUGCAGGCUCGUGUGCGUGGACUGCAGGCCAGGAAGCGAUACCUCAGGCGGAGGUCAGCUCUGGGACAGCUGAACACAAUCCUCCUAGUGGCUAGGCCACUGCUCCAGAGACGACUGAGGCUACAGCAGACCGGCAGUGGCACCCACAGCUUGGAGAAGGACCUGGGGCGCUUGGAGAUCCCGGCCCAGCUGGCUGCUCUGCUGGAGUCCGCCGAAGAAGAGGGAAUCUUGAGUGUCCUAGGCUGCUACUCUUGCUCUUUCCCAGGCCACCAGGCCAGCCUGGCUGGGAACAUCACAGAGUCCCUGCCACCCGAGGUUCCUGCUCGGCCCAGCCUGACCCUCCCGCCAGACAUUGACCAGUUUCCCUUCUCCGGCUUUGUUGCCACCAGCUUCCAGAAGCCACUUCUGCCGAGACCAGGGCAGCUCCUGGACGAGCCCCUGACCAGGCUGGAUGGUGCGAGCCCCCAGCAGGCUCUGGAGAUCAACAGGGUGAUGCUGCGGCUCCUCGGGGAAGGGUCCCUGCAGCCCUGGCAGGAGCAGGCCAUGGGCACGUUCUUGGUGCGGCAGGCACAGCAGCAGCCGGGACUUCGAGAUGAGCUCUUCAGCCAGUUGGUGGCCCAGCUGUGGCACAACCCAGACGAGCAGCAGACUCAGCGUGGCUGGGCCCUAAUGGCAGUCCUCCUCAGCGCCUUCCCUCCUACUCCUGCCCUGCAGAAGCCAUUGCUCAAAUUUGUAUCUGACCAGGCCCCCUGGGGCAUGGCAGCAUUGUGCCAGCACAAGCUGUUGAGUGCUCUGGAGCAGACACCCCUGGCUCCCAUGGCCUCAAGGGCUCACCCGCCCACGCAGCUUGAAUGGAAGGCUGGAUUGCGGAGAGGUCGCAUGACCCUGGACGUGUUCACAUUCAACGAGGAAAGCUACUCUGCAGAAGUGGACUCCUGGACCACAGGAGAGCAGUUUGCAGGGUGGAUCCUACAGAGCAGAGGCCUGGAGGCGCCCCCUCGUGGCUGGUCUGUCUCAUUGCAUUCUGGCGACGCUUGGCAGGACUUAGCUGGCUGUGACUUCGUGUUGGACCUGAUAGGCCAGACAGAGGACUUGGGCGACCCAGCUGGUCCCCAUAACUACCCCAUCACUCCUUUUGGUUUAGCUGAGACUAUCCCUCCAGCCCCUGGUGUCCGGGCUCCUUCCCUGCCCCCAGGCCUCCCUCCUGGUCCAGCUCCAGUCCUGCCCAGCAGCUACCUUCCAGGUGAGGCCACCAGGAAGCCGGGAAACCUGGAUGGUUUCUUGGACCACCUCUUUGAGCCAGUCCUCUCCCCAAACUUCAGCGAUCUGGAACAAGGCUGGGCGCUGAGCAGCCGCAUGAAGGGAGGGGGCUCUAUUGGGCCCACCCAGCCAGGCUACCCCAUGGUGUACCCAGGUAUGGUGCAGGCACCCAGCUACCAGCCAGCUUUGAUGCCCGCACCUAUGCCCAUGAUGCCAGCAAUGGGCACAGUCCCAACCAUGCCAGCCAUGAUGGUCCCACCCCAGCCACAGCCUCUGCUGCCCAGUUUGGACUCGAGGCAGCUGGCGGUACAGCAACAAACCUUCAUCAACCAGCAGGCGAUGAUCCUGGCCCAGCAGAUGACCGCCCAAGCCAUGAGCCUGUCCCUGGAGCAGCAGAACCUGAGACGCCAGCACCCAGCUCAGGCCUCUGAGGCUGCCUCCCAGGCUCCACCUUCAGCCAUUGCUCCCAAGCCCAAGAAGCCCCCUGCCCGCCAAGAAAAGCCAGAGACUGACCUAGAACCUUUGAAUGUUGGCUUUAGAGAGGACACUCCAGAAGAGGCUGAAGGCAGGCCUCGGCGCCCCAAGAGCUUCCAACAGAAACGAGACUAUUUUCAGAAGAUGGGGCAAGAGCCCAUUAAGGUGAGGAUGGUGAAGCCUCCAGCCAAGGUUCAGCUUCCCCAGGAGGAACCAGAGGAGGAUGAGGAGGAAACGGCAGAGUUGUCGUCUCCUCCUCCCCCAGUUGUGAGGAAGCCAUUAAAACAAAGUAGGACCAAAGCUGGAAAGGAGGAUGAGGUGGACCCAGCAGAGGAGGAAGUGCCGACCCAGGGCAGGGUACCCACAGUGCACAGCCCCAACUCCACACCUCAGCGCCCGCCACCCAGCAAGGAGCCCACAGUACACAGCCCCAACUCCACACCUCAGCGCCCACAACCCAGCAGGGAAAUCCGCAAUAUCAUCCGAAUGUAUCAGAGCCGCCCGGGGCCUGUGCCUGUGCCUGUACAACCCACCAGGCCCGUUAAAACCUUUCAGAAGAAAAAUGACCCUAAGGAUGAGGCGUUGGCUAAAUUAGGAAUCAACGGUGCCCAUUCGCCCCCAUCGACAGUGUCACCUAACGUGGUGAAGAGCUCUCCACCAGUUGUGGCCCCUCGACCCAAGGCUCGGCCACGACUUGAGCCCUCCGUAUCCAUCCAGGAAAAGCAGGGACCCCUUCGGGACUUGUUUGGCCCACGUAGCCCAAAUCCACCCACAGCUCCGGCACCCCCACCCCCACCAGCCCUCCCAUUGCCUCUGCCUGAGGAACCAAAGACCCUUUCAGUGGAGUCUCGUGCACUGACAAACCCGAUGGAGGACAAGGGCAUCUCCACGAAGCUCCUCGUGCCCUCUGGUAGCGUGUGCUUCUCCUACGCCAAUGCACCCUGGAAGUUGUUCUUACGCAAGGAGGUGUUCUACCCGCGGGAGAACUUUAGCCACCCCUACUGCCUCAGCCUUCUCUGCCAGCAGAUCCUGCGGGACACCUUUGCAGAGUCCUGCAUCCGGAUCUCCCAGGAUGAGCGGCACAAAAUGAAAGACCUGCUGGGAGACUUGGAGGUGGGCCUGGACUCGCUUGAUACCGCGGAAGACAGCAUCAAAAAGCGCAUCGUGGUUGCUGCUCGAGACAACUGGGCCAAUUAUUUCUCGCGCAUCUUCCCAGUCUCGGGUGAGAGCGGCAGUGAUGUACAACUGUUAGGUGUGUCUCACCGGGGACUGAGACUGCUGAAGGUGACCCAAGGCCCUAGCUUCCACCUGACCCAGCUGAAGACACUUUGCUCCUACAGCUAUGCUGAGGUGCUCACUGUACAGUGCAGCGGCAGCGCCACCCUGGAGCUGUCACUGAAGACUGAGCAGCUGAUAUUGCACACAGCCUGGGCAAGAGCCAUCAAGGCCAUGGUGGAACAGUUCCUCAGUGAGCUCAAGAAGGAUUCUGGCUAUGUCAUCGCCCUGCGCAGCUACAUCAUGGAUGAUCACAGCCUCCUCAGUUUCCACCGUGGGGACCUCAUUAAGCUGCUGCCGGUUGCUCCUCCAGAGCCAGGCUGGCAUUUCGGCUCUGCUGGGGGCCGUUCCGGACUCUUUCCUGCUGACAUGGUGCAGCCAGCUGCUGCCCCGGACCUCUCUUUUUCCCUGGGACAGAGAAACAGCUGGCAGCGCAAGAGUAAGCCACAGCAGCUCAAGGAGCCAGGGCCAGCUCAGGAGCGCCCCACCCAUCCCAGGAACCAAGAGCCUAGUGAAGACUCAGAGGCCACCUCCUUCACAGCCUACAGCUCUUUGUCUGCUGACUCCCACAACUACACCAUGCAAGAAUUUGCCCUGCGCUACUUCCGGAAGCCUCAUACUUGGCUGACCCAGAUAGGUGGAGGCACCAAGGAAAAGGCUGUUAUGGAGCUGAUCCAGUACACUAAGGACCCCAUCCAGGAAUCCCUCAUCAACUUCGGCAAUGAGGACACGAACAGGAAGGCAGUGGCUGGCUUCAAGGCUCUGAUGCAGUUUAUGGGGGACCAGCCUAAGCCCCGAGGCAAAGAUGAGCUGGCUCUGCUCUAUGACAUUCUGAAGCCGUGCCAAGAGGACCUCAGGGAUGAGAUGUACUGCCAGGUCAUCAAGCAAGUCACAGGGCACCCCCAGCCGAAGCACUGCGCUCUGGGCUGGACCGUCCUCAGCCUCUUCACAGGCUUCUUUGCACCGUCCACUACGCUGAUGCCCUAUGUGACCAAGUUCCUACAGGAAUCCAGCCCUAGCCAAGAGCUGGCCCGGAGCAGCCAGGAGCACCUCCAGCGUACAGUUAAAUAUGGAGGGCGCCAGCAGCUGCCGCCACCUGGUGAAAUGCAUGCUUUUCUGAAAGGGCAAGCGGUUCGGUUUCUUCUAAUUCACCUGCCUGGGGGUGUGGACUACAGGACAAAUAUACAGACGUUCACGGUGACAGGAGAAGUGCUGGAGGAGCUGUGUGGACAGAUGGGCAUCACAGACUCGCAGGAAGUACAGGAAUUUGCCCUCUUCCUCAUCAAAGGGGAAGGUGAGCUAGUUCGGCCACUGUCAUCCCAUGAGUACAUCAACAACGUGGUGACAGACCAGGACAUGAGCCUGCACACACGGCGGCUUGGCUGGGAGACCCCGCUGCACUUUGAUAACCCCACCUACAUCGAAACCCACUAUGGCCAGGUGCUACGGGACUACCUGCAAGGGAAGCUGAUAGUCAGUGCCCAGGCAGAGGCUCAACUUGCCCGGCUGGCUGCCCUCCAACACCUCAACAGAGCCAGUUCAAGCCCUCCAUCUGAGCAAGAGCUGCUGUCUUACAUGCCCAAGCCACUGCAAUGGCAGGUGAACACAGCCAACAUGAAGAGCUUGGUGGGCCAGGAGCUGAGGCAGAUGCAAGGAUAUAGCAAGCAGAAAGCACAGAUUGGCUUUAUUGAGGCCGCGACGCAGCUGCCACUCUUUGGCUACACUGUGUACGUGGUGCUGAGAGUGAGUAAGCUGGUUCUUCCUGGACCAGUCCUCCUGGGGCUCAACCGCCAACACCUGGUCCUCAUGGACCCGAGCUCUCAGAAAGUCUGCUGCACUAUUAGCCUAAAAGACCUGCAGCGGCUCCACCUGCUGAGCCCACUGGAGGAGGAUGGGCCCCCUGGCCUGGAACUCAAUUAUGGCUCUGCUGACAAGCCCCAGACCAUCUGGUUGGAGCUGCCGCAGGCCCAGGAGCUGCAGCACACCAUUGUCUUCCUGCUGGAGGGCAGCAUGUCCACACAGUGGCCAGGCCUCCUCUGACGAGAGUGGAGAUAAGACCUCGCUGGGCAGUCUGCCUUGGUUUUCACUGCCUGGCCCUGCUCUGAAAUGUCCUGCAGCACAACCCCAAGUGGAAGUCAGAAUGCAGGGGUUGUGCUGUCACAGUGAUGUCCACUGGGCGAGUAAGCAGACGCAUUCCUU